UAAAAAGAGUAUUAAAAGCAUCCCUGAUGGCUAAUGAGUCCUCCAACGUGAAAUUAAGCGUGAACAAUCAAAAAGAUGUCAAAAUGAGCCUUGUGCUGUCUGACGCUGGGCAGACUGUCCUUCAGGCUUGGUCUCACCAUAAGAAGCUUCUGGAAUCAUUCGAUUAAUUCUGCAUGCUUGUAGCACCUGGCAUUACAGCAUCAGCGUAUGGUGACAGCCAAGAUAUGAUUUCAAAACACUCCUCUGGCCUGAGAAAUGUCUUCUGAAACCUGUGCCUUCACUGUUCCCAGGGUGAAAUUCACAACCAUUAAAAAGUGGUGGGAUUCUCUUUGCCAUCAAUGAAAAGGAGAACAAGCAGGAAGGCAAAAUUUUAAGUUGAUAGUUGGUUUAAAAGCAUUUUUCUCUAUCUAGGUCAAAUCACUGCCUGAAAUUGAUGGCAGUGCUGUAGAUCUUGAAAAAAGCAUAGAAGAUGAAAAGUAAGAGACUCUAUCCACAUAGAAACAGAAACAGAUGCUUUCAGAGCAAAUUGGCUUCCACUCAAUUUUCAUAUGUGCCAUUUCAGGAGUUCACAUUUACAGCUACAGCCUCUUGACUUCUCCUUCCCAGACUCACUUCUCCUGCCUGGAAGGGUCCAAAUGCUCAGCUCUGAAUUGCACGUUGCCUUCCAUGGGGUGGGGAAUUCUCCCAGCUCCUUUUUUUCCCCAUGAUUUUAUGAAUUUCCUCUUUAUGGUCCUACUGCACUUGAUCUCACAGUUAAUUUUGUGCUGUGGAUUUUCUUGCUUUAUUUUUUGAUGGAGUUACUGUUGAACACCCAUUUUUCCCACACUAAACUAAAAAUAGUCAAUGUCAAACUAAUCUGAAGGUCUGAGAGGAAAAGCUCAUUUUUGACAUGCUGGCACACAAAAAAUUAACAGAUAACUAAACUCAUAGUCCUUACACAAACCAAUCCCUAUUUAGGUUGUGGUCCUCACAGGAAGUGAUGUGUUUAGGAAUACUGUCUGCCAGCAGCUGAAAGCACUGAUGUUCAAUGGUUUAAAUUUACUCACCUGUGACAGGUAGUUAUCCAUUAGCUGCUGUAUGGGUGACUAAAGUGGGUGCUUAAUUCUUAUCCUGUUUGGAUUCUGUUCCAGUUUCAAAUCUCUGGGGUAAUUUUGAUGCUUGGUUUUGUUGCCUUGAUGGCUGUUUACUUCAUGAGAGCAGACAGCACAGUUGAUUGUAAGGGAGAAGAAACAGUUGUCAACGUUUACCAGGAGAUGAAGGAUGAAGAACUCUAUGAAGAUCUCCACAGAACCACAGUAACUGAGGAGGACACAAAUAGAUCCAAUGAUUCCUGCAGCUUUGAACUCGUGGAAAGCGUUCCUUACGACUUAGCUUUUGAGAUAAAUAGCACUGCAGCCAAACCCUUGUACCGUGCCUGGAUGAACCUCCUUGAUGUAGCCCAGGAAGAAAUUCAUGUGGCUUCUUACUACUGGUCCCUUACUGGGAAAGACAUCAGCGUUAAUGACUCAUCUUCAAAGCAGGGUGAAGAAAUUCUGAAGAGAUUUGAGAAAUUACUUGCAGAGAAUGUCUCUCUGUACAUUGCAGCAAGUAUGCCAACUUUGGCUAUGAAUUCAACUGACCUUGAGCUUUUAGAGAGAAAAGGAGCUCAUAUAAAAAAAAUUGACUUUGGACGUUUGACAGGAGGAGUAUUGCACAGCAAAUUCUGGAUCAUAGACAUGAAACACAUAUAUAUUGGUAGUGCAAAUAUGGACUGGAGAUCUUUAUCUCAGGUAAAAGAGUUUGGUGCUGUGAUAUACAACUGCAGCUGCUUAGCCCAAGACCUCUGGAAGACAUUUAAAACUUACUGGGAUCUUGGACAUGCUAGUGCUACCAUCCCAUCCCCUUGGCCUCAAAACUAUUCUACCCACAUUAACAAUUCUCGGCCUCUGGAAAUAGAACUUAAUGGAACCUUGACAAAAGUCUAUUUUUCUGCUUCUCCUCCUGCAUUUUGUCCAGAAGGUCGCACCCAUGACCUCUUUGCUAUUAUCAGUGUUAUCAGUGCGGCACAUAAAUUUGUCUAUGUUUCUGUUAUGGAUUAUUUCCCUACCAGCCGUUUUGUUCACCCAGAAAGAUACUGGCCAGCCAUUGACAAUGCUCUGAGACGUGUGGCUUUCAACUAUAGAGUACAAAUCCGGCUUCUGGUCAGCUGCUGGACCCACACCGACCCAUCCAUGCUCCACUACCUGAGGUCCCUGCGUGCUCUCAACAACCCUCACACCCACAUGAGUGUCAGCGUGAAACUCUUCAUUGUUCCAGUUUUGAAUCACACAAAUAUUCCUCAUGGGAGAGUGAAUCACAACAAAUUUAUGGUCACAGAUAAAGCAGCCUAUAUUGGGACUUCCAAUUGGUCAGAAGAUUAUUUCACUAACACUGCUGGCGUGGGACUCAUUAUCAAGCAGAGUUCAACCAACCUGCAGAGAAGGCAUCAGCCUGUCCAGGAACAAUUAAAAAGCAUUUUUGAGCGAGACUGGAAUUCCAAAUAUUCAGUGAAUGUGGAGGAUGUGCAAGGUCAGAAAGACUGCAACUGGAGAGACAGACUCUGAAGUGAACAGGAGAAUACAUUUUUUAGAAAGAAAUACGUAUCUGGAUGUUGUUCCCUGUGCAAAAAGAGCAGCUUUCUGCUUUGUCUUUUAUCAGAGAAAUUUCUUCCUGGUGGUGUCUACACUGCCUGACAAUGUGGGAACUUCUAGUAGUUGAGUCUCCCUUCCUACUCCUCAGCCAGUGUGUGAUGUUUCCUUUGCUGUGUACCAUUAGCCCAUCUCAGAGUUAAUGAAAUGCAUACGGUGUUGCAGCACAGUCUGUUUGAUAUUAAAGAGAACAUGGAAGAUAUGAUCAGAUCUGAAUACACUAGAGAAGCACAUCACAAUGCUGUACUGUGCUUAUCUUGGGACGCCAUAUAUUCAACCAGAAUGUUGCACUAACAGUGUUUGCUUACACGUGUUAAACAUUUUUCAAAUAAAGUCCUGGUCACUGUAAGAUUUGAGCAAUGCAAAUAAUCACUUAUAACAGCAAGGACAGAUUUUUAAAAAGCAUCUAGGCACUUGUGGCACAAGAAAUGUAUGUGUUUAUAAAUGUUGAAUCUAAUCAGGCUGGAUGGGGCUCUGACACCUAAUGGAGCUGUAGGUGUCCCUGUUCACUGCAGGGGGGUUGGACGAGGUGGCCCUUAACUCAAACGAUUCUAUGACUCUAAAUCACUGCUUCUCACCAGUUGUACUUCACAGGCUUAUUAUCCUGCACCAACAAAUACAUCCGGCCACAAAGUGUAGGAAUACGUGUAUGCAGGAACAACAUCUGCUCAGAUGUGACCCACUGCAAGGAGCACACGCGAACAGGCAGUGAUGAAAAUCUUUCUGAGACUUCACGUGUUUCAGUGUAACUAUUUCCGAUAGAGGAGUGCGCUCCUCUAGAUGGCACUCGAAGCUAUGUUUUCACUGCUUUUGAGAGGGUAAAUUUUGCUGAACAGGAAAACUUUCUCCUUCCCUUAUGAGCUCAAACCUGACAGUGCUGGAUAAGUUGCGUAGCGGAGCAGUUUCUGGGUAAGAUAAGAGAAUGGAAUGUUGGGAUAAGGUUCAGCUUUCAAAGGAAAAAUGGUUGCUUACUAGAAUGACCUUUAUUUUCUUUACAGCCAUCACCUGUCUUGAUUCUUUCUUCACAGAUGAAGGAGAGGUUUGCAGUUAAGACAAUUAACUGGAUCUCGCUGGAACUUGAAUUUGGUUUCUUGGUAUCUUCUCUUUGCUUGAUCAGUAUUAAAAAGGCAGAACAUGGUGAAAAUUA